ACUCCACUCCACUCGCACCGCACACCUAUGACAACGUUCAACAUCCGCGAGCUCUCAUCACACACAUCACCAUGAGGACAGAGGAGAUUGAGCGCCGGCGCAGAGUCCAGGCCGAGCUGGACCGGCAGCCCCAUGGCUUGUUUAUCUCGGUCGUGCCGCGCGACCCGCGCCUCGAGUGGCUUUCGAAUGGACGUGAGGGCGAGCGAGAUGGCACCCCUCAGCCGGCCACAUCCCCCAUCGCACCCCUCCUCGAACACUGGUCGCUCCACCCCGACCCCGCGCCCCCCGUCACGGCCGACUGGGCACCAGCGCUCGCGCCCAUCAGGCUUGAAGGGCUGUGGCAUACUGUCGCCGACCUCGAAGCCCUACUCGCCUGCAUCCCCCGCGCCCCCCUCGCCUCGCUCAAGAUCCAGUACUGCGACCAGCCCCACGUCGUCCUCCCGCGCUUCCUCUCCCUCCUCCAGCCAAACACGCUCCGCCUGCUCGAGCUCGAGCUCCACCUCCCGCCCAAGGCCGUCCCCGCCCUGCUCACCUACCUGUCCUCCCCGCGCUCCCUGGGGCUCGAGUACCUCCUCCUCACGAGCAUGGAGUACAUGUACGUCCUGGACGCUGGCGUCGGCAAGGACCCCGACGUGUGCAAGCAGGACGCGUGGGCCGCGGGCUGGGUCAAGUCGUCGGGCGCGCCGGGCAUCACGGCGCUGCUGGCCGCCAACACGUCGCUGCGGGCCAUCUGCCGCAACCAGUGCGGCAAGCCAAAGCACCCCUUCCCGCCAGAAUGUACCUGCAAAGCCCAGCGGUACUUUGGCCCCAGGCCUGACCCGGGCCGGUGGCACGCGCACGACGAGCUCUGGACAGGCUUGGAUCGCAACGCGGAGUACGGGCAGCGAGCGCGCCGAGCCGCGCUCCGAGCGUUGGGCGUCGCGAGGGUGCUCGUCUCGGCUGUGAGGGACGACGCCGACCCGACGACGACGACGGCCGGCGCCGAACCCCCGCGGGGCUCGAAACACCUCCUCGAUCUCCCCCGCGAGGUCCUGUGCCAUAUUGUGCGCUUUGCGUCGGGCGACCCCGCGGCGCUGAGCUCGGGCCAGGUGAACCGGCUUAUGAAGUACGCCGAGGACCGCAGCGCAUUGAAGCGCGUCGCCGAGGUGGUGGCGACUGAGGGGAGCGAUGGCGUAGAAGAGCGAGUCAAGGAGGCGUGGUUGGCCGCCGGUGGGUUCUGGUGGGAUGGCCCCCCAGAGCCGCCAGCUGCAAUCGUGAGCACGCCAACGCCUGCGCAGUGA